CCGUAUCACAAUCUUGCCAACGACCUGCCGCAGCGUGGGUGAAGCCUGUCGAUCUCCCCAGCAUGACGAGCCCGUCCUCGCCAGCCGCGCACCGCUGAUUCGCUGCGACGCUCGCCAACGCGAUUGGCUUCGAUACACAGCGCGAGAAAAGGGCCUCCUGCACCCCUGGCACAGCGCUGCCAUCCACACUUGCCCCAGACGAGUGAUUUCACUGGCCUGUUUGCCCCAUCCACACCUCUGGCACUGCCACACCACACCACACGACGCCUCCUGCUGCGAACUGGUCAGCAUCUUCCCGGCCCUGCGACCUGCAAUUUCUGCGACCCGCGAGCGCACUUUCCGGCUCGCAUACUUGAGCGACCACCGCCGGUCGUGUUUGGAGCUCACGCGCGCAGCUCCAGCUAGCUGUGUCCCGCCCGGGAUCUGGACAGUGGACGAGACAUCUCCCUCUACGCAAUCGAAACAAGAGUCGCCUCUCAUGAUCACCGCCCUGUUGCACGCGUUUCAGACCGGCUACUCCAAUGGCACUUCAAGUCGCAACAAUCGGCGAAUUGCCCCAACGCGACAUCCCGCCAGCCACCACUUCUCGAUCGGAUGAGAAACAUGUGCUCCAGACGAAGAUCAGGACACUGGUUGGAUUCUGGGAACGACUGACCGGUGCGGUUGAAUCUUCCAGUCAUACGAGCUCGAAACAACAGCAUAUCGUAAUAAAGGAGCUGUGGAAGCCAACGAAAACUGCUGCAGAGGAAGUGGGAGCACUGCCGAGAUACGAAGAAUGUUUGUACGAUCUUCCACCCGAUUACAGCGCGACAGAUUCCUUCGCCUAUGCACGAUGUAUGCAGGACACGGAAAUUGCGACCAAUGGCAUAAAGACACGAACACAGAGGAACGGACCAUGUCAGCUCCUUGGCCAGGCAUUUGACGUCAAAGUCGACUUCAACUGCGAGCACGGCUUCCGUUCUCACGCUAAGAAGAAGAAGGCCGCUGCUAAGGCCGCUGCAAAGAGCAAGUGGGCUGACAGCGACAACGAGGAGAAAAAGGAUGAGGUUCCCGCUGAAGGAGAUGAUAAUAAUGGGAGCGGAGGUGGAGGAGACGGGGCUGGAGGUGGGAGCGACCCGCCUGGUGGAGAUGAUGGCAAUGGAGGCGGCGACGAUGGCGAUGAGUGGAACUUUGGAGGCAGUAAGAAAAGCAAGAAGGCCAAAGGCAAGAAGAAUAAAACUGAAGACGAAGAGGAGCAGGACAAGGCGGCCGAGGAAGACACUCCCGCUGCAGCAGAUACUGCCACAACGCCCGCCGAGGCUGAACCUGUUGAUGAUUGGGGCUCAUUCGCGACAGUAGGCAAGAAAAAGAAGCCCAAGAAAAGCGCUUUCGCAUGGGACGCCGUAGAAGAACCUGAAGCUCCAGUUGAGGUUGUCGCCGAUCCACCUCCGCCACCAGCAGCAGCAGAAACGCCGGCCGUGGACGACUGGGGCUCCUUCGCGACAGUCGGUAAGAAGAAAGGGAAAUCCAAGAAGUCUGCCGCUAUUGAGCCUGUGAUUGGGCCCGAAGCGCCUCCCGAGCCUGCAGCAUCAGCAGAACCAGUGCCUGCAGCUGAGGACGACUGGGCUACCUUUGGCAAAAAGGACAAGACGAAGAAGGCCAAGAGCAAGAGCAAGAACGAGCCUGCACCCGAAACGACCGCGACCGACAAGGGCGAUAUGAAAUUCGACGAGAUUAACCUCGAUGACGACAAGGGAGCACCAAAACUCGACCUCGACUUCGGCCUAGGCAAGAAGGAGACGCCAGCAGAGGAGAAGAGCGCCAGUGCUUUUAGCUUCGGGGGAUGGGGCGGUGGAUGGGGAUCGGGGGCUACAUGGGGAUUCGGCAGUUCAUCGGGCAAAGCUGAAGCUGAUCCAGUCCCUGAAGAACAACCAAAGAUGGACACUGGCUGGGGCUUCACACCCACGUCAAAAUCGAAGAGCAAGGAUAGCAAGAAGUCGGCGAACGGGUUCGACUUCAGCUUCGACGAACCCGCUGGUGAAAAUGCCGACCUCGGAGCCACGACAGUGCCAAAUGAAGACAAGGCGGCAGACGAAGAUCCUUGGUCGGGUUUCAUGAGUGCUAAGGACAAGAAAAAAUCAAAGAAAAAGGGCUUACUGGCGCCGGAAACAACACAAGAGCCUGUCGUACCUGAACCGCCUCCUGUCGAAGAGCCGGCUAAGGCUGAGGAUGAUCCGUGGUCGAGCUUCACCUCUGGCAAGAAGGAUAAGAAGUCGAAACUCAAGAAGGGAGCGCUGCCAGAGCCCGAACCAGUCGUUGUCGUUCCAGAAACUGAACCGGAGCCUGAGCCACAGCCAGCGGCAGAGAAAGCUGCGGACGAGGAUCCAUGGGGUGGCAGCACAUUCAUGAGCGCUAAAGAUAAGAAGAAAGCGAAGAAAAAGGGGUUGGUUGUUCCGGAAGCGCCGCCUGCGGCCGUCAAGGAGGACGACGACUUCGGGUGGGCUACGGGCAAAAAGUCCAAAGGCUCCACGUUCGACUGGUCCGAGGAACCCAUAGUAGAGGUUCCACCGUCUCAAGAGGCUGCCACUACUGGAGGUGAAGAUUGGUUCGGAGACGCUUGGAGCAGUAGCAAGAAAAGCAAGAAGCAGCUUGCCGCAGUCGUGCCUGAGCCACCGCCGGUCCCUGAGCUUCAACCGGAGGCAGUGGUUGAACCAACAGCAGCAGAGGAUGACUGGGCGAAUUCCUGGUCUACCGGAACGAAGAAAAAGUCGUCCAAGAAGUCCGACAAGAGUAAGGGUAUCGUUGAAGUGGUAGACCCCAGCCCAGGAGCCUCAGUAUUGCUUCCAGAGUCAGUACAAGAGAAAUCCGCAGAAGAUGACCCUUGGGGAUCUACCUGGACUACCGGCAAAAAGACGAAAUCGAAGCUCAAGAAGGGUGCUGCUGCCGAGCCUCCCCCGCCGCCGCCCCCAGCUGCUUUGCCUGCGCCGCCUGGACUGGACGAUAUCGCUAUGGACCAUGGAAAUGCCGGGGCCGACCUCCUCGACAUGAACGAACCGCCUGCCGACGAUCCCUGGAGUUUCACGCCCGCGACAAGCAAAAGUAAGAAGAAAAGCGCGAAGGACGCGCCCGCUCCGAUUGUUGAUGCUCCGCUCUCGAAAUCAAAGUCGGAAGACUCGAAAACAAGAUCCAAAACACCUGCGGAUGACAUCCUUGACAUCGUGGAAGAAGCCGAGCUCGAGCCGCCCAAGGAAGACGCAAAGCCUAAGAAGGAAGACAAGGCGUCUUCUGGCUGGGGAAUUUGGGGCGCCCCAUCCAAGAAGGAGACUCCCAAAGAGAAGAAAGCGCGCGAGAAACGUGAGAAGGAGGAACGCGAGGCUGCCGAAGCUCAGCGGAUCGCAGAGGAAGAGGCUGCCGCGGCAGCAGAAGCUCAACGCAUUGCAGAUGAGGCUGCCGCAGAGGAAGCAAAACGAAUUGCUGAAGAGGAGGCGCAAGCAAAAGCUGCAGAGGCUGCCAAAGCGAAGCCAAAGGCCAAGGAGUCCACCAAGGAGCGCAAGGCACGCGAGAAGCGUGAGAAGGAGGAGCGCGAGGCUGCUGAGGCCGCUGAAGCCCAGCGUAUCGCAGAUGAAGACGCUGCGGCUGCUGCUGAGGCUGAAGCGCAACGAAUUGCCGAAGAGGAAGCUGCCGCAGCUGCGCUCAUCAAUGAGCCAGAACCAACACCUGUUGAAGAGCCCCCCAAACCCAAAUCCAAGGUCAAGGAGUCUUCGAAAGAGAAGAAAGCCCGUGAGAAGCGAGAGAAACAGGAGCGCGAGGCUGCUGAAGCAGAAGCCGAAGCUGCGGCUCAGAAAUUGGCUGAGCAGGACGCUUUUGCCGCCGCGUUCGGCGACGAAGGAGAGAGUAUGCUAGCGGAUGAGCCUCCAGCCGAACCAAGUAAGGCAGAUGGCUGGAGUUUCUGGGGUACAUCGCUCAAAUCGUCUAAGAAAGCCACACCCGCUGCCGAGAUGAAUAAGGAUUUAUGGGCCAAUCAGGACACAGCAGUCGAUGAAUCCUCGAAGAAGCCAGGUUUCUCUUUGGACGUCGACGACUUCGCAUCAGCAAUGCCGCCUCCCAAGACAACAGAAAAGGCGUCUUCAAAGUCGAAAACUGUCAAGGGCAGCAGUAUACGCGAUCGUAUUAGCGCUUUGGGUGCUGAAGCACUUCCCGCCGCCAAGGGAUCCUCCAAGUCUAAACGGGACAGCUUCCCAGCCCCACCUGAACCACACUUUGACGAGGAACUCGAGGAACCCAUUGUCGAGAUUGUUCCAGAACCCGCGCCCGUCAAGAAAUCGAAGAAGAGUGACAAGGCGGACAAGAAGUCGAAAGCGCUCAAGGAUCCUUCACCACCGCCGCCGCCCUCGAUCUCACCUGUCCCAGGCGGAUUCCCGGUUGAUGAUUUACUGGACGAUAUCGUGCCGGAACCUGAGAUACCAGCAUCGCCGCCCAAAAAAUCGAGCAAAGACAAGAAGGCAUCUAGCAAGUCCGCUAAGGCAUCGAAGAAGCAAGAGGAGCCUAUCAUUGUGCCGCCGCCACCCCCAGAGGCUGACUUUGACGAAUUGCUGGUCGACGCAGAACUUCCAACUCCACCUCCCGAGGAGACACCGAGGGACAGGAAAUCAUCCAAAAAGGAACGCCCGAAGGUUGUGCGAGACGACAAAUCCGCAUCGUGGGGCUUCUGGGGCGCCACUCCUGUGAAGAAGAAGCCCUCUGAGCGGCCAGCAGGUCUAUCGCGUUCCAAAUCAGCACGCAAGACAACCGAAAGAGAUCCUCUUGACAAGGACUCCAAGUCAUCCGAGUCUGAAAAGCCUCAGAAGCAGUCCAAAUCUCGACCGAGCACUUCUCGCGGUAUGAGUUUCGGGGGUCUCUUCGGCACGCCACAGCCAUCGCGUACAAAGUCGACCAGAGUUUCCUCGUCCGCGGCGAAACCCAGCUCGCGCCGUCAUUCGACGGCUGUCGAGGACAGUGGUUUAGUCUCGCCGCCUCCAGAAAUGUCAGCGAAGGCAGCGAAAUUGACUGGAGUCAGUCGAAGUAAGUCGACUCGUGAGAAGAAGACGCGCAUGAUUCCUGAUCCAUAUCCCAUCGACUCAGACGACAUGAUAAUGGUCGACGCGCCCGAGGAUUCUGCCAAGGAGAUCGAUAACCACGGAGAGCGCAAGAAAUCGAGUCGGUCGAAGCGGCACCAUAUGUCUGGCGGCUUAGGCGAUAAUGAUGAGGAGAUGGUUGACGCUCAACGGGGCCCCGAGGAAGCGCGACUCUUCUCGGGAACUGACGACGUGGAUCGACCUGCUCCGCCUCGACGAUCUUCCACUAUGAAGAAAGCUGGUCUGAUGGGUGGCAUCCUCGGCGCGUUUGGUGCUGCUUCGCGUCCAGGCGCAGAUCGUCGCCAGAGCAAGUACGAUAGUGAAGACGCGGGCGGUUCGCGUCGGAAGCGGGACGCCAUGUACGAGGAAGACGGGUCGAAGCGGUUGCGGCGGGAGGACAGGAAAGUGCAUCGCUCCUCGCGCAAGGCCUCCGAAGGCGAAGGCUUGACAGACGCAGCCCCAGUCACGGACAUGGAAGCAGAUGACGCCAGAGAUGCUCGAAGGCGCGAGCGCCGCGAACGACGCGCAAGGGAAGAAGCUGAAGAGGCGGAGAGAACUGCACGUCGUGAAGAGCGCCGACGCGCAAAGGCGAAGGAAGAAGAGGACCGCCAGCUCCGAGAGGAUGAGGAGAGACGUGCCAGGAGGCGCGCCCGCCGUGCAGAAGAGGAGAAAUUGGCUCGUGAAGAAGAGCAAGCGCGUGCAGAAAGGCACGAGCGCCGGCGCCAGCGGGCUGCAGAAGCGCCAGUCGGCAAAACCCCACGUCCUACGACAGAUCGACGGCGUUCGUCGUACAUGGACGCAGGCGAGGACGAAGAAGCUCGAAGGCUACGGCGCGAGGAACGCCGCAUGCGCCGCAGUGUGGAUGUUGGUGGAGGUGCAUCGGGAAGGGAUAAGGACAGACCUCGCACCUCGCGUCGUCCCUCUGAGUACCCCGAAGAUCGCAAUGGUGAGCCAACCUCUCCCCAGGGUGCUAUUCCACCAUCGCUUGCUCACGCGAUCAAGACCGGCGGCGAUAAGACAUCAUCCUGGGUUCAUUCGGUGAACGACGAUCCACCGCCACCUCCACCCAUUGAGGGAACCAUAAUCGACGCACCUGUCCACUUCGCGGCGGACAAUGCACCUGACGCUCUCGAUGAGAACGAGACCACGGCUCGGGAGUUCCGGCAUCGGCGAGAAAGGCGAAGGGAUCGGGACGAUGGCUAUGGGUAUGGGCAAGACGACGACUACCAGCGCAGACGCCACGAUAGAAGUGAAGGAAUCAAAAGCAGCAGUGGUGAAGGCUCUUCCGGUCGGAGGAGAAGUCAAGCCCCAGCAUAUGGAGACAUGUAUGGAGGCGGCAUGAGAACCUUUGAUGGCAGGCCAUCGAUGCCGCAAAGGAGUGAUAGCAAGAGAGGGAGUUGGUUCAAAAAGAUCGCAGGACUGUGAUGAUCCUGUGUGGCGAGGGAGAUCUAUCUCGGCCAUUUGAUGCUGCAUGUGAGACGGCGUUUUACGAUUUUGCAUUAAUUUUCGGCUAUGAUACCCUUCUGCAUUUCGCUAGGUUGUACGAUUGCAUGAACUGGCUUCUGCAAGUAUAUAUCAGCCC